GAUCAAUUAAUGUUUUCUCUGAAAUUUUCAAAUCGAAGACGAGAGAUUGAUUAUGGACGACAAUGAAUUGGAGAGAAAGGCUGUCGAGGAACUCCUUAAGGAAACGAAAAGAGCCCGAACGAGAGCGGAGACGAUGGGUCCAGCCGGCUGGUUGAAAUGUCCUCUGAGAAGCACAAACAAACGUUUUCUGGUCAACACUCUACGUUCCUCCAUUGUAGAGCGCCGCCCUAGUGGCCAGGGGUCCACCGCAAAAAAAGGAGCAGAGUAUAAGCAAGAGAGGACCCAAGGAAUGCAUCACGGAGAGGACAAAGAACGCAGUCAGAAAAAGGACUAUGAACGCAAGAGCGAAAAUCUCCGUUCCCAUAGAGACUAUGUCCCUUCAAGAGGCCAUGCCUCCUCUAGGGAUGAAACGAUGUCAAGAGGCCACUCCUCCACUCAUCGUUCCAGCCAAUCAAGCCGAGCACGCUCACGCUCACGCUCACCCUCAUCCAUCAGGGACACGCCUCCAACUGUCAAAGGGCAGCGAGAGAGAACUCAUCACUGAAGUUGGAUUGUAUAGGAGAAACUCUAUUUAUA